GUCUACAGACUUCAAGACUACAUCAGUUUUCAGUACUUGAACUAAGUUUACUAAGACCUAAGCCUAAGAACUUCUCAGACUCAGGACUUCUGUUGUAGUCUGUACUUGACUACUUCACUUGUUGCACUUGUAGUGACUUGUAUUAUUGUAACAUAUGAAUCAUGGUGAUGUGAUCACCCUCUAGUCCUCUAGUUAAGACUUUAAGUCUAGUUGAUCUAGAUUCUUAGUCUCUAAAUAUCUAUAUAAGAUACAGUGUACAGAUUACAGUCGUAGAGUCAGAGUCUACACAUAUUUUAUUGUUACAGUUACAUAGUUUAAAUAUUAGUUAAAGAGAGAUACUUAGAUAGGAUUUCUAGACAAGCUGUGAUUAAAAAUCAUUAGUCAUAUCACUGGUGUAAUUGAAUACUUGCAUUGUGAACAGAAUCUUCAGUUUAUUGUUGUUCUAUGAUGACUAUGACUAAUUGAAGUAAUUCAUACUCAAUAGAUUCAAUCAAUGCUGUAGAUUUAAUUUAAAAAAUCAAAUUCAAAUAGGAUCUAUACUACUAGAGUUUACUAGACUAUAUGUAUAUGCAGAUUCUAGAUCUUAAGACAGUCUAGUUAUUCUACUAGAUCUAAUACUAAAUAUAGAUCUACAUAUAUUCUCUAUAUAUUAAUUUGUACAAGUCCAAUAGAAAGAAUUAGAGAUGGAUCAAAAACUUUUUUUUCCUGUUCCAGAUGUUCAUAUUAAAGAUUUACUAGACUGGCAAAAUGAAUUGGAAAGAAAUCAGCGCCAACAAAUUUUGAAGCUACUUAAAAAGCAGGGAGAUAUUCAUCAAGAGGCUGCUCUUAAACUUCUGCAUGAGAAGUGCUUUGGGAAAUCUCUGUUACUAAAUGAUGAGAAAAUUGCUUUAUUUAGAAUUGGAAAUUCAGUUUAUGCCAUUCAAUCAGUCUGUCCACAUGCUGGUGGACCUUUACAUUUAGCAGACAUAGAAGACAUUGGCUCCACACAAGUCUGUGUCAAAUGCCCUUGGCACAAGUGGAAAUUUCGCUUGGACAAUGGUGAGACAGUUUUUCCACCCAAAAGCUCUACUGUUGCCAAGACAUAUCCUGUUAAAGUUGAAAAUGAUGGACGUAUCUUUGUUGGGUUUGAUGCAUUUGGACCCUCUGCAUUUAAUUUGGAAUAACAUAAGUGACCACAAAGCAACUUUUCCUUUGUUUCAAACUUAUUGAUUGUUUUGGUCUAUAUGGUGUCUAAAGGAAAUAUUUAUAAAUCAUCAAAAAGUUUUGUGAUUCAGUAGUGAAUAAGGGACUUAAUCAUGUUUGCCCUUUGAAAUGUCAUUUUUUGUUCACUUAUUUAACAUUACCUGACACAUUGUGUGUGGCUUUUUAAUUCUCAAAUAUUUUUGAUAGCUUUGUUUUAAAAGUUUUGAAAGUCUUAAAGCUGGUAUCAAACUGUAUUUAACAAAACACCAUAAGACAAUUUCCUUAUUAAACCAAAUAUACUUGUACAAAUAUUUAUCUGGAUAAUUAUUAGUAAAUGUGUAUAACCACUAUAUAUCACACAACUAUUGUGAAUUCAUUUUAUCCAUAAAUGAACACUAAAGAUAUUAUUUUAAUUUAUUUUAGCAAUAAAAACUGAAAUAUUAUGUAAAUAACUUCUAGUCAUUUAAGAACCAUUUAGGACACAAUAUUAACUUUCAGUCAGAUUUUUUUCUCCAAUUAGCAAAAGUGUUUGUUUGUUUUUAUUAUAGUUGGUACAAAAAACCCCAGUCAUUUUUAUUUGAAACAAAAUAUAUUGUUAACAAAUUUUAAUUCAUCAGUAUUAGUACAUUUAUUUCAAAUAUAUUUUUAAAAAUGUUUCAUUUAGGAAACUUUUAACUGAUAAUUAUUUUAAUGUUUUAAAAAACAUAAUUAAAAAAAUGGAUGACUUAUUUUUAAAACAAUAUUUUCACCCUACGAAAUAAAUAUAGAAUACAAAUGUUACUAAUUUGAACACCUUAGCAACAUAAUGGGGACAUAAUUAUUUUUGUACAAAGCAAUCAAUCUUCAUGCAUAGUUAGCACAGAUCUUCAAGGAAGGUUGAUAAUUCAAACUCCUCAGUUUUUCUGUUUAAUGUAAAGAAUGUUUGGCUAUUCAAACUUAUUAUUUUUUCUGGUUUUUAUUGUUGUUGUACCAAUAUUCCUCAGGGCUGGCGUAAGUUUUGAAAAGAUGGAGAAAAAAAGUUUAUUUAUCUUUUACAACAGUUUUACCGGUGAUUUAUUGCUUAAUGUUUGAUUCACCUUUACCUAUCCCUUAUUCGUUGAACUGUUGGGACACUACACAAGAUCUGUCAACCAUUUUUUCUCCAUUCCUCUCUCUUCUUUGCCUUGAAUAGAAUUUCAUUCAAUGUCAGGCCUGUUCAUUUUUCGACAUUGUCUUCCCAUUGCUUUCUCUGUCCUCCUCUUCUUCUUUUUCCUGGUACUGUUCCUUGAAGGAAGGUCUUUGAUUAGAAAUUAGAAAAUGUUUUAAGUCUAACUAGUUCUAAGCCAGUGUUCAUAAGAAAAUAUUUUUUUUUUUAGAAAAGCUUAAAGUGUCAGAGAUUAUAAGAAAAGCAACCACUUUCUGGUUCAUAGUCCUUUACAAGAUUUUUGCACACUUUCUUUUUCCAUGUGCUAUAUAAUCUUAUACUCGAUAAUCAUUUUAAAGGACAGUGAUUUCAGAAUGAUGUUUGCGUAACAUACACGAUUAUGCACCUUUUUUUUAAAAAAAACUUGCCUCUUAAUUCACAUAACCCGGUUACAAUGCCAUAGUACUGCUGUGAAAUCAGUCAUUUUAACUGCAUGUAGAUGAACCAAAGUGUGAAAAGUACAUUACAACUGUGAUUUAUGACUUUUUUUAAAAAAAUUUACUAUAUAUAUGUCACAUUAGUUUGAUUUGUCAUAGAAAUACAUUUAACACUAUGCAAAAUGUUUUAUUUAUUUAAAAUACAACAAUCAAUCAUAACUGUAUCUAACUGAUUUUUUUUCAACUCUAAUGCAUUUUUUGUGUGUACAAUGUAUUUAGUUUUAAUAACUUUAUAUCUGUUCAUUCGCAUACAAUCCCAUUAAUCAUACGAUAUAUCUGAGAAAUUAAGUCACUAGUGAAUAGGUUUAAAAAUGAGUUUUUGUUAACAACUAGAUGUCUUUUGUCCGUAAUUUUUACAUCAACAAAAUUUUUUUCCUAGUUCAUGGCUGAAGUCAUAUAUUUUUAAAAUAAUUUUCUUGAAAGUAAUCUUUUAAAAAAAAAAUGAUGGCUUUUUUGAAAAAAAAAUCCAGUGUUACUUUAUUUUCAUUCCUUUUUAAAAAAAAUUUAAUUAAGAUAUCAACAUGAGUUGCCUUCCUUGCUAAACUGACUUUAAGUUUGUUAUUAGCAAAUAUUUGUUCUUCCACUCUGUUGAUCCUCUUACUCAGUGCUCUUGAAUACUAUGAUUAACUUUUUUUUUUCUUAGUUAAAAAGCAACUGUUCUCUUAUUUCAAUAUGAUAUCUAGUUUUCAAAGUAAAUUUCAAUGUAACAAUGGUAACAGUCUGUAUUGUAGGGAUGUUUGCCGAGUCUUGUAGAUUAUAUGUCCUGCUGUAGACUGUGAUGGAGCACUGUUUGUGUAAAUGCCAGUUUCUUAUAAACUACAGACCACCGUGGAGAAAUAAGGCGGUAGAUAAAUUUGACUGACACUAUUGUAUAACUGAAUAGCACUGAGGUGAAGUCCAAGUCUUACAGCAAUGGCUAUGAUGUUGUCUUUGUGAAGUCUAGUUGCCAGCUCAUUAUUCUAUUUUUUUGCUACCUAACCUUUUAUUUUCUGUAUUACAUUUCCUCAACGGUGUAUUGCACAUUUUGUUCUCUAGUCAUCAUACUUUAUAUUAUGAGAGAACGUUUUGUGGUGAUGACCCAUAUAACAAUAUUGUGACAUAAGUUUUAUACAGGAGUCGUUAUAUUUAAAAAAAAAUUUCUUGAUUGCUUGAUAACAUAGAAUACCGGUAGCUUAAUUUAUAUAUCUGAUUUUUAAAAUGUUAUAUUAUCUUUGAAAAGAAUGUAAACAAAACCUUUAUAAAAAUAUUGAAUAAAACAACAAACAGUUUGGCCCUGAUCACUCAAGUGGAUUGUUUUCCCCUUAACUAAAAUGGUAACUGCAACAUCUAUAUGACAAAUAUUUUAUUAUAUUAUUUUAUUUAUUACAUGACCAACGCAUUGGUUACAUUCAGGAUAUUUACUCUUUGCAUUGAAAGUCAUGUCUGCCAAUUGUACUGUUUUUGCUCAGCUCCUCCUUCAACUACAUAGUCUAUACACCUUUUCAGUGAUUCAUGUGCUACAUAAGUCAGAGAGAUGAAGAUUGCAAUUGAAUUACUUGAUUAAUUAAGCAGGAGGACUUAAGUUGUUGCAAAAAUUGUGAACUUUCCUGUUUUUAUUUUAGUUGAUUAAAAAUUGUGUCACUAUCUGGCUAUUUAAAAAAAAAGAGUAAUUUAUUACAGUGUUAAUGUGUUAACAUUAAUUCAGGUAGUAAGUAUUUUGUUGUGAUAUUAUUCUGGUCAUUUCUUAGCAGGCAAUGACAUAUGACAAUUAAUUAAGCAGGAUGACUUUAGUUGUUGCAAAAAUUGUGAACUUUCCUGUGUUGAUUUAGAAAUGUAUCACUAU